CGUUUGGUCAGGAGUUCGAUUCUCUUCGUGGGCGCCAGAACCAAAAUUAUUUUAUAUGAAGAAAAACCUACACCCAGAGUUCGAUAUUAUAGUAAUAGGGGGAGGUCAUGCUGGCAUUGAGGCUUCCUUAAUCAGCACCCAACUAGGACAUAAAGUGGUGUUAAUUACCCUGGAUAAAAAUAAAAUUGGGGCCAUGAAUUGUAAUCCCUCAGUAGGGGGAGUAGCCAAAGGAAUAGUAGUUCGAGAAAUUGACGCAUUGGGAGGCAAAAUGGGCCAAGCAGCGGACGCAACCGCUCUCCAAUUUAAAUUACUAAACACUUCUAAUGGUCCAGCAGUCCAAGCCCUUCGGGUUCAGUCCGAUAAGAUUGCUUAUAGUCGCUACAUGCAAAAAGCGGUUGACCAACAGAAAAAUCUAACCAUUAUUGAAGGAGCCGUGAAAAAUUUACUAAUAGAGGAGAAUAAAGUCCGUGGAGUGGAAUUAAAUAAUGGGGAGAUUAUCUUAGCAAAAGUGAUAACUUUGACAACCGGCACUUAUCUGCAACCAAUCACUUAUCAAGGUAAGGAAAGCCAAAUUGAGGGACCAGACGGAGAAAAAAAAGUAGUAAAUAACAUUUCUCAACAAUUACAAAAAUUAGG